AUGAAGGGCAACAAAGGACCUGUUGGUGAUAAAGGACCUAAAGGUGGCAAGGGACCUGGUGGAAAUUCUCAACCUAAAGGACCUAAUGGCGAUAAAGGGCAAAGCGGCGAGAAAGGAAUGAAGGGCAACAAAGGACCUGAAGGUGGCAAGGGACCUGGUGGAAAUUCUCAACCUAAAGGACCUAAUGGCGAUAAAGGGCUAAGCGGCGAGAAAGGAAUGAAGGGCAACAAAGGACCUGUUGGUGAUAAAGGACCUGAAGGUGGCAAGGGACCUGGUGGAAAUUCUCAACCUAAAGGACCUAAUGGCGAUAAAGGGCUAAGCGGCGAGAAAGGAAUGAAGGGCAACAAAGGACCUGUUGGUGAUAAAGGACCUGAAGGUGGCAAGGGACCUGGUGGAAAUUCUCAACCUAAAGGACCUAAUGGCGAUAAAGGGCUAAGCGGUGAGAAAGGAAUGAAGGGCAACAAAGGAUCUGUUGGUGAAAAAGGACCUAAAGGUGGCAAGGGACCUGGUGGAAAUUCUCAACCUAAAGGACCUAAUGGCGAUAAAGGGCUAAGCGGCGAGAAAGGAAUGAAGGGCAACAAAGGACCUGUUGGUGAUAAAGGACCUGAAGGUGGCAAGGGACCUGGUGGAAAUUCUCAACCUAAAGGACCUAAUGGCGAUAAAGGGCAAAGCGGCGAGAAAGGAAUGAAGGGCAACAAAGGACCUGUUGGUGAUAAAGGACCUGAAGGUGGCAAGGGACCUGGUGGAAAUUCUCAACCUAAAGGACCUAAUGGCGAUAAAGGGCAAAGCGGCGAGAAAGGAAUGAAGGGCAACAAAGGAUCUGUUGGUGAUAAAGGACCUGAAGGUGGCAAGGGACCUGGUGGAAAUUCUCAACCUAAAGGACCUAACGGCGAUAAAGGGCUAAGCGGCGAGAAAGGAAUGAAGGGCAACAAAGGACCUGUUGGUGAAAAAGGACCUGAAGGUGGCAAGGGACCUGGUGGAAAUUCUCAACCUAAAGGACCUAAUGGCGAUAAAGGGCAAAGCGGCGAGAAAGGAAUGAAGGGCAACGGAUUUAAAGGACCUGGGGAAGGUGGCAAGGGACCUGGUGGAAAUUCUCAACCUAAAGGACCUAAUGGCGAUAAAGGGCUAAGCGGCGAGAAAGGAAUGAAGGGCAACAAAGGACCUGUUGGUGAUAAAGGACCUAAAGGUGGCAAGGGACCUGGUGGAAAUUCUCAACCUAAAGGACCCAACGGCGAUAAAGGGCAAAGCGGCGAGAAAGGAAUGAAGGGCAACAAAGGAUCUGUUGGUGAUAAAGGACCUAAAGGUGGCAAGGGACCUGGUGGAAAUUCUCAACCUAAAGGACCUAAUGGCGAUAAAGGGCAAAGCGGCGAGAAAGGAAUGAAGGGCAACAAAGGACCUGUUGGUGAUAAAGGACCUAAAGGUGGCAAGGGACCUGGUGGAAAUUCUCAACCUAAAGGACCUAAUGGCGAUAAAGGGCAAAGCGGCGAGAAAGGAAUGAAGGGCAACAGGAUGUAA